UUGUGAUUGUAAACAAAUAUUGAGAUUUAUGCAGUAAUACUGAAUUAAAUGACUAACAAAUAGUACCACAAUUAGAAGAUAGGGUAUAUUUUGCAUAGUUCAGGAUCGAUCGAGUACAGUUACAGAAUAUUAAGUAAAAAUGAGUACUGUGAAAGAAUUGCACGAGUCGCUUGAGAUGUAUACAGAGCAGCUUGUAAAUGUGGAAAAAGCUCUGGCAAUAACCGUAGACCAGAACGAAAAAAUGGAUCUAAUCAAACUCAAAGAUGAUCUAAAUGAGCUACUAAAACUUACCCGUGAAACAUUGGAACAUGAACAUAAGCCGAUAGACACGGAUAGCAAUGACAUAGAUGAUGAAUUCGCUUUGUUCAUGUCGGAAAUAAAUGAACUUGAAACCGGUGAGAGACCGAUCACCGAACAAGAAAAUCCUAAAGCCAAUAUACUCCAGGAUAUAGUUGGAAGUAAAUGUUCUGCACCUCAUAUACACCGCUGGGGAUCGGUUGCUCAUCAUAACGCACUGAUUUGCAGUUUGGAUACAUCUGAUGAGGAUAACCUGAUGGUUAAAGUGCUAUUUAUAAAUCCAACCCACCAGGAGAUGAUUCCUUGUUCUUAUUAUCUCGAAGAUAAAUGCAAAUUCGAAAAUGGAAAGUGUCGCUUUUCACACGGUGAGAAUGUACCAUUCAAUGAAUUAAAAGAUUAUCGCGAGCCACGAUUUGAAUUACUUCGUAAAAAGGGGGGUAGAGUAUUGGCUAAACAGAAAAAUCGCUUGUGGAGUAAAGGUACCAUAAGUAGUGCUGAUUUCCAAGAGAAAACUUGUAGGAUAUUACUAGAGGAAAACAAACGCGAAAUGGAACUACCUUUUGAAGAUAUUUUGCCUUUAGAUGAUACAGAGUCGCUACAUUCAGAAUCCGAGGACGAUUCGUCCGGUAGCGAGGCAGAGGAUGAUGUUUCUGCAUUUAGAAACAUGGAAAUAAUUCAAAAAAGUCUUCUUAAUCCAGUCGCGUCACAGCGUUUGGGUGAAUGGGAGAAACAUACAAAAGGAAUCGGAUCCAAAAUAAUGAUGAAGAUGGGUUACGUAGUGGGUACUGGAUUAGGCAGUAAAGGAGAAGGUAUCGUUUUACCCGUUAGUGCACAGGUUUUGCCCCAGGGAAGAUCUUUGGAUUAUUGUAUGCAACUUCGUGAACAGGCAAAAGGUGAUAGCGACCUGUUUAGCGUCGAGAAAAAGCUUAUGCGACAGAAGAGAAUACAAGAAAAACGAGACGCGAGUAGGUAUGCAAAAAAAGAACCAAGGAAUGACGUGUUCAGUUUUAUUAAUAGCGAAAUUUUGGGCAACGGAGAUAAUGUAUCCGUUCCGGAUGGCCAGAAACAAGUUACACAACAAAACAAAUUUGAUCUACCGAGUUGUUCUUCGAAAAAUCUAAAUAUUGCUAGUUUAAAACUGUCAGAGCAUAGCCGUCGACUGGAAACAGAUAUCGGAAAAUUGAAACAUUCCCUAACGCGACAUCAGCCUGGAUCACAAAUUCAUUCGAAUAUAAGAAAACAGAUAGAAGACAAACGAUCGGAAAUUUCACAAAUCAAAGCCACAGAACAUACAAUCAGUAGAGAACAACAAUUGCGAAGCGACAAGCGCAAGAUGACAAUAUUUUAGAACCUACAUUAAAGUAUUAUGUAGAGAA